AUGCCCCCGAUCCGCAGCUCGCGUAAUCGCAAGCCACCACCCGCAGGCUUCGAUGACCUAGAAGACACCCUGCUGGAGUUCAGCAAUAAGAUGAAGGACGCAGAGAAUGCCUCGCAUGACGGGAAAAAGAAACAUGAGAUGCUCUGGCCUAUCUUCCAGAUCAGCCACCAACGCUCACGAUACAUCUACGACCUCUACUACGAAAAAGAAGCCAUCUCCAAGCAGUUGUAUGACUGGUUGCUUAAGAAUAACUACGCAGAUGCCAACUUGAUUGCCAAGUGGAAGAAACAGGGCUAUGAGAAGUUGUGUUGCCUCCGCUGCGUUCAAACCAAAGAAACCAAUUUCAACGCUACGUGUAUAUGCCGCGUGCCCAAGGCGCAGCUCAAGGAGGAUCAAACCAUCCAAUGUGUCAGUUGCGGCUGUCGAGGCUGUGCGAGUACUGAUUAG